AAAAGGAUGAUUUUCUCGGAGCAUGCCAGCUGUGUUUGGGUGUGAAGUCACAUCUUGGAUGGAUGCUUGCUCAUGUUUUGGGAAGGAGUAUAAAAUCUGGAGCGAAUCAGCGUAUAUGGCAUCGAGAUCAGUUGCAGUAUCCAAGAUUCAUUUAGUUAUUUUGGAGGCCUGCAAGUCUGCACUGAUGUUUAGUAGAAAAAAGAAAAGAGGUUGGAGUUGCCCAAACAACCUCCACGGUAUGCCUAAAAACUUUGGUGCUUUUUUUUUCUCAUGUUUAGUAGAAAGCAGAAAGAGUUGGAGUUGCCUAACAAACACGUACAGUAUCUCAUAACUUUGUGAAUUGCUUGGGUCGACCUAUGCCCUCUCAAGUAGGAAUAUUGGAAGCUUGGAGAAAAUGUAUCCUUUUCUUCACAGGUAAGAGUAUACAAUGAUGCGUGCUUUGGAAAAAAAACAUACAUAUUGUAUGACGCGUUUUAAAGUCACGUGUGUGAGGCGCAAAGCGAAUAAUAUUGUAUUAGGGGAUUGAGCCUGCAUCAAUUUUGUAUCGGAGCUGGGUGGAAUGUAUGUGGGAUCACACGAGGGCAUGUGUCUUUGAGGAGGGUAGGCAAUCAUAUAGAAGGUCCUCUAAUGCAAGGUGAUUGGUGAUUCUUUAGUCUCAUGUUGCGUAGGUAGGAGGUCAUGAAGUGCUUUAUAUGGGCAAGCUCAUCCUUAACUAAUAUGACGUUUUCUAAAGUCGUGAGUACACCCCGCUUUGCUUCGUUA